AUUAAAAACGGGACGCUGAACGGUUCCACAUCAGAAACGAAAGUGAACACGAGCUGUACGAAAGGAACAACAUCGAAGAAUCGAAAUGUCUAGAUACAUCAUCGCCAUUAUGCUCCUGGUUGCAGUGAUUCUUCCUACUGCCAAAAUGGACCCUCUGUGCCCUGUGAACGAGCUUUGGCAGCGUUGCGGAAGACUUUGCGAACCGAGUUGCGCCAAUCCGAACCCUACGCAUUGCCCACGAAUCGAAUGCACAGUGUACACAGCCGCCUGUCGUUGUCAAAAUGGAUACGUCAGGCAAGACGAGAGCUCCUCAUCAUCCCCCUGCAUCUCUCCCGCAGAUUGCUAAUGUCAAAAAUUUAAUAAGCCCCCUAUACAACGGUUCUGACUUAAAUGUGACACUGUACUAAUUAUUAUUAUUAUAAUAAAUAUCGUUUGCAAGCUUAUAUAUGGAAUUUAUGCG